CAGUCAGGAACUGUGAGGGCCAAACAUAGCUAAUCAUCAGAUGAUCUUUCAGCAUUCCUGAGCUGCAGGCCAUCGAAUACAAGUGGCUGUACCCUUACUCAGGGGUUGCUGUGACACUGCCAUCUGCUGCUUCUGUACCCUCUUUGGCUCCCACGAAAUCAGACUCAUUAGACGUGCAACUGCCAUCUGAGGCUCCUGACUCAGGGCCAUCCACCUGGAAGAUGGAGCUCCCAGACGUCCAGCUCUGGCCAGUACUACUGUGGACACUGGCUUGGGUACAGGGCAUAAGAUCUGCAUGCCCCUCCUGUGGGGGUCCAACACUGGCACCCCAAGCAGAACAUGCUCUGGUCCUGGAGCUAGCCAAGCAGCAAAUCCUGGAGGGGCUACACCUGACGAGUCGUCCCAGAAUAACUCACCCUCCACCCCAGGCAGCGCUGACCAGAGCCCUUCGAAGACUGCAGCCUGUGAGUGUGGCUCCAGGCAAUGAAGAAGAAGUCAUCAGCUUUGCUACCAUUGUAGCCUCCACUUCGACCUACAGUUCCAUGCUCACCUUCCAUCUCUCCCCUCUUUGGUCCGGACACCUGUACCACGCCCGCCUCUGGCUGCACGUGCUUCCUUCCCUUCCUGGUACUCUAUACCUGAGGAUUUUCCGAUACGGCACAAGGAGGGGGUACCAAGGGUCCCGCACCCUCCUAGCUAAGCACCAAAUGACUACGACUGGCUGGCACGCCCUGACUCUGCCCUCUAGUGGUCUGAAGGGUGAGGAGUCUGGCGUUCUGAAACUUCGAUUGGACUACAGACCUCUGGAAAGCAACAGUACAGUUAUUGGACAAUCAGGGCCUCUCCUGGACAUGACAGGACACCAGCAUCCCUUCCUAGAACUCAAGAUUGGAACCAAUGAACCUGAAGCAGGCCGAGUCAGGAGAAGGACCCCCACCUGUGAGCCUGAGACCCCCUUAUGUUGUAGAAGAGAUCAUUAUGUGGACUUCCAGGAACUGGGGUGGCGAGACUGGAUCCUGCAGCCUGAGGGAUACCAGCUGAAUUACUGCAGUGGGCAGUGCCCACCCCACCUGGCUGGCAGCCCUGGCAUUGCUGCCUCCUUCCAUUCUGCUGUCUUUAGCCUCCUCAAGGCCAACAACCCUUGGCCUGUGGGCUCUUCCUGCUGUGUGCCCACUGCUCGAAGACCUCUCUCACUCCUCUACCUGGACCAUAAUGGCAAUGUGGUCAAGACAGAUGUGCCAGAUAUGGUAGUAGAGGCCUGUGGCUGCAGCUAGCAAGAGGACCUGGGGGUUCAGAGUGAAGAUCAGGGUUCAAGUUGGGAGUUCCCAGGCAAGGGACUCCUGUGUCUGGAAGCAUCAAAUUUCCUGAUCCACACCUACACCCAACAGACUAUCUGGAACUAUAUAAGUGGGUUGACCCCUAUGGAACUCAAAUGGGCAAAUUUUUGUCCCAGAUUCUGGCCUAUUUCAGGCUGUUUGAUGUGUGGGCAUAUGGGUAAAGUGUUUCCUCUAAAGGGGACUACCUGGGGCAGCAUGAUUUCCCACGCUAGGUGCUGUGAGAGGACAGCAGGGGCUGUCGUGGGAGGGAAGGAAGAAGGCAGAAAAAAGAUUCUUAGUCUCUCCCAAGAAAAAAAAAAUCCCUCAGUACAAGGAAGAAGGACAGGGCCCAGCAGAUUGGGAAAAGGCAAACAAGCAGGUUGACUUAGGACAGGGACUACUGUGUGCUUUGAGGUAGGGUCAACAGAAAGACCAUCAAGGUGCUGAGGGAGGGUGUUUUAAAAAGACCUGGAAUUAGGAGUCCAGAAAAAAGGGGUGCUGAGCCUAAGAAGUUCUCUAACUUUCAUUUGGGGACAAGACCCCCUGGGAAGACAUACAUUUGUAUUUUCCUAAUAAAAAUAAGAAAGAAAAAUCAACAAGUGUGAGUCAUGAUGAAAAGCUGAUGGGCCCUAGCAAUGGAUCUAAAGUGUGGUCUGGGGACUUGUUGUCCUGAACUCCUUUCAGAAGUAUCCAUGAGGUCAAAACCAUUUUUAUAAUAAUAUUUUAUUAUCACCCUCUCAAAAUUGUAUGGUAGAACAGGGUAUGGUGGCUUAUACCUGUAAUCCACCAUAGGAUUACAAUCCAGCAUUCAGGAAGCUGACACAAGAAGAUCACCAUGAGUUCAAGACCGGCA